AGCCUAAUCUCCUCUAACCUCUUUCAUUCGUCACAUAUUCAAAAGUGAAUUAUAUGACCCGCCCUGCAUCCCGUAGCUGGCCUUGAAGCAAGCCAGCAAGCUAGCUAAUGAAAUCCACAGCUGCAAAGGAGGAGGAAGAAGAGGGAGGGUCUGUGAGAGAGAUACCCACAAGAAUCGGACUGGCGACGGGAGGUUUAGAGGUGGUUAGCUAGCUACCGAAACUAAUCAAAGGGACACCCGUACUAGUAUGGGAAUCAUCAAUUGGGUUUAUGACAAAAAAACAAUAAAUCAGAUUCCGGUACUGUACCCUUCGGGAAAUCGUGGAAGCGUCAUUCAACGUGAACGGCUUUGACACCUUGCUGACAACAUGGCUGAAUUUAGCAUCGACCAGAACAAACUGCCUGGAGUAAAAGAAGUUGUUCGGGAUUUUGCUGUUCUGGAGGACCACUGCCUGGCCCAUAACCUCCAGGAGCAGGAGAUCGAGAGCCACUUGGCGUCCAACGUCCACAAGAGCCGUCUGGUGCAGCAGGACGUAGCGUUGGCCAAGCAGCUGCAGGAAGAGGAGGACCGGAGGGCCAAGGCCAAGGCCCACAGACAGCACAGAGACAUUGAGCGCAGUGACAAUGAGAUCGCCCAGGAGAUUCAGGAGGAACUGGUCCGACAGGCCAAGCAGCAGCGGAUGCAGGAGGAGAAGGAUGCGGCCAUUGCUCGUAAACUGCAGGAGAAAGAGAGGAAGGAGGAGAGGAAGCGACAGAAGCAGCUGGAGGCCAACUUUGAGGAGGAGUACUACGAGGAUAAUGCCAUCCGAGCCUCUUUGGACCUGGAUGAAAAACCCAGGCGGCCUGGUUCUAACUCUCUCUCUUCGGAGAGAGAUGCUGUGGAGACUAGAACCAACUCUCUUUCCAGAUACCCUGAGCACCAUUUAGAGGGUAGGGGAGAGGGGAGAAGGGGCAGGCAUGGAGACGCACACCCUGAGCACCACCGCUCCAGUAGCAGGGGCAAACAUGGGGACAGGUACCCCGAUUACCACCACCCCACUGAGGGUAGAAGCAGAGGGAAGGAGGGCCAGAGGAGCAGAGACCACCAGGGGUCCCAGUCAACCUUCUUUGCAGACAACCAUGAGCCCAGGAAACAGCGAGAGGAGGAGGGGGGGGAUAGGGUGGUCAGGAGGAAGGAGAGGCCCGCCCGGCCGCCCCCGCCGUCCCAUAUCCCUGUGAAGAGAGACGAGGCUUGGGACAGGGAUAGAGAGAGACACCGGGAGUGGGAGAGAGAGGGGGAAAGAGACAGACGGAGAGAACCCAGGAGAGAUGAGGAAAUUGAGAGAGAUGCACCAAGACAGGGAAGACACGGGGAGCGAUUGAGAGACCAAGAGCAUAGCCGAGACAAAGACAGACACCGAGAGAGAACCAAGAGCAGGGAGCGAGGUCUGGAUGAAGUCCAGGACGAGCCCAUCCCCAGUAGCCGCAGCAGGGCCUGGGACGGUGGUGGGGAGGAGGCCCCUUUCCCUGGGGAUGAUGAAGAGGAGAAAGGGGGGGCCAGGGCCCGCCUGACGCUCCGCUCUGGCCCCAGUGAGCUGUGUGAGGAGGCGGCGAGGAGGAGCCCCAGGAUGGGGAGAGAGAGAGGGGAGAGGGGACACAGGGACCCUGGGGAGGGCCCCAGCACGGGCAAGGAGCGCUCCCAUACUCACCCCGCUCCCAGGGAGCCAGGUCGUAUCGUGCAAGGAGGACCAGGGGUUCGUGGAGCAGUGGUAAUGGCAGGGAAUUACGGACUCGGCGAGGCCACCCAGGGCAUCACUAAGCUGGACCUGCGGGAGCAGGAGCUGCUGGACAUGGAGGUGGCCCGGAAACUACAGGAGGAAGAGGUGAAGGGAAGCAAGAUGGACAAGCGUGCGGCCCAAGUGGCUCAGGAUGAGGAGAUAGCCCGGCUGCUGAUGGAGCGGGAGAAGAUUGAGUACAAGAAGUCCAGAGAGAAGGAGAAGCAGGGGAUGAGGCCGGAAGAGAGGAGGAGGCCAGAGGGAGGAGACUACAAGCCAAGCUCAGAGGAGGUAGUGCAUCCCAGACUACGAGAGGAGGAAUACCAGAAGCCCAGGAACCACCAAAAGCCUGCCAGGCCUUCUCAACCUCCUCCACAUGACUAUGAGAAUGUGGAGUCCAGCUACUCAGGGAGCCACUAUUCUUCCGGGUCUCCAGCCAGACCUGAGGCAGCUUUCAAAGGUGUCUAUUACAGACAGUGACCGAGGCUUCCUAAGCCAUCCAUCUGAGUUUAUUUAGAUUUUUUUUCUUUGCUGUAUUUUUAAAACUCCCAUCACUUUCUAUUGGCCAAGAGCCUUGGAACAAUGUACCUAGUCGUUGGCAGUGGGUUCGGGGAGGGUGUUGGCCAAGAGGAGGUGCAGCUGAGAGCUGAAACUCACACGCUGUCAUUUGUUCUUUCUUUUAAUUGGCGCGACAACAAAGAACCGAAAGGAGACGCCUUGUGACAUUCUAACUCCUGCUGGCUCUUAACUGUGGAUGAUGAUGUGGAAGAUGAUGAUUUAAAAAAGAGUGAAAUGUUCCUGUUUUGCUGUGUUAGUCGUUUGCUGGUGUUUCUGUCCAUCCGUGGAUCAUGCUCGUCAUGGUGGAUCAGGCCUUUGCUGGAUAUAUAACUGUGCAAUCUCUGUCUCUGUAUCUAUGGCUGUCUAUGGGAUGUGCCUGUCUUUGGAGUCAAAAUGGUGGCCGCGUUGUUCUGUGCACUCCCAGGUUCCAGUUCUCCUGUGCUUGUAUCGUGCUGCACAUCAAGGCUGAACAACAACAUGACCGGCCCAGUCCAAAACUCUAUUAUUUCAGGAGAAUGGAUCUUUGUGUUAACGUCUUUCCAGUCCGGAAACGGAUGGUGAUCGUAUGUGGACUUGUUGCUCUCUGCAAGCUCUCUACCUGUGUUCCCAUGUCUUUCUAAGGGGCUGGUGUACAUAGCUGCUGGGAAUACGGACUUGGAGGUGAAGUGUUAUGGGACAUACUGCUAUCAUUGUGUUUCUACGUGCAUACUUACUGACAGUUCUGUUCUCUUUGUUAGUCAGCUAGAGCACAAGCCACCGCAAACGCCAAUCAGUUGUUUUGUGGAUCAACAAAACAUGCUAUUUUAAAUAUUAGCCCUAAUAUAUUUGAUUGGAUGUGCCGUCAGUAUUUGAUUUUGUCUUAUCUGCUUACAAACUGGCAUCGGCAAAUGCUUUCAGCGCUAAGAGAAGUGGAACAGUAGGAAUUGAAUGCAUGUACAUUUCAGAUCUGUGCCAAACAUAACUCUUGUGCUUGUUUUGUCAGAGCUGUAUUCACUAGGAACGGGACAAAACGGGGAGGGACCAACCUGAAUUUGUCCAAUAGAAACUCUUGUUUUUGUUGCAAAACAUUUUCCAUUGCUGUAUGUUUUGCUACAGUGUACAAUAAUGAAUACUCCCCAGGUUGUGUUUUUCCUAAUCGACAGUGUCCAUUGAUUGAAUGGUUGACUCGUUGGUUACCUGUUAAAGUGCAAGUUUCUGUUUCUGCAUUUUAUUUAGUUUUAUAUACUUUUAUUUAAUCUUAUUUGAUUUGGCAUCACUCUUAAAAGGCAUUUCUUGUUUCCUGUACAUUCCAUUCCUAAUGAAAUGCCUUCACUCCCUGUCUCACACACACACACCACUCUCUAAGAGGGAUAUCACUUCCUGUGCGUGUAACAUGAGUAAACAUUCUCAGGGUAAACAAAGUGUGGAGGGAAGUAUCAGUCAUCCACUGAAUCAACAGAGUAAGUGAGAACAUGAUGUAAUUCCACUCAAAGGGACCUUUAGACAGACAGCUAGGUGAUAGGGUCAACUUCUCCGGCAGCUGGGUGAUGGGGGUCAACUUCUCCGGCAGCUGGGUGAUGGGGGUCGACUUCUCCCGGCAGCUGGGUGAUGGGGGUCGACUUCUCCCGGCAGCUGGGUGAUGGGGGUCGACUUCUCCCGGCAGCUGGGUGAUGGGGGUCGACUUCUCCCGGCAGCUGGGUGAUGGGGGUCGACUUCUCCCGGCAGCUGGGUGAUGGGGGUCGACUUCUCCCGGCAGCUGGGUGAUGGGGGUCGACUUCUCCCGGCAGCUGGGUGAUGGGGGUCGACUUCUCCCGGCAGCUGGGUGAUGGGGGUCGACUUCUCCCGGCAGCUGGGUGAUGGGGGUCGACUUCUCCCGGCAGCUGGGUGAUGGGGGUCGACUUCUCCCGGCAGCUGGGUGAUGGGGGUCGACUUCUCCCGGCAGCUGGGUGAUGGGGGUCGACUUCUCCCGGCAGCUGGGUGAUGGGGGUCGACUUCUCCCGGCAGCUGGGUGAUGGGGGUCGACUUCUCCCGGCAGCUGGGUGAUGGGGGUCGACUUCUCCCGGCAGCUGGGUGAUGGGGGUCGACUUCUCCCGGCAGCUGGGUGAUGGGGGUCGACUUCUCCCGGCAGCUGGGUGAUGGGGGUCGACUUCUCCCGGCAGCUGGGUGAUGGGGGUCGACUUCUCCCGGCAGCUGGGUGAUGGGGGUCGACUUCUCCCGGCAGCUGGGUGAUGGGGGUCGACUUCUCCCGGCAGCUGGGUGAUGGGGGUCGACUUCUCCCGGCAGCUGGGUGAUGGGGGUCGACUUCUCCCGGCAGCUGGGUGAUGGGGGUCGACUUCUCCCGGCAGCUGGGUGAUGGGGGUCGACUUCUCCCGGCAGCUGGGUGAUGGGGGUCGACUUCUCCAUGGCCAGUUUCGUCUUUUUUUUGUUUUACGUAUUGAAUGAGGGUGGUAGUGGUGGCGAUGGAUUAAACACUUUUUUAUUACCAGACGUCAUACUUUAAUAGGAUCCAUGCUAUAGCAAAGGGAUUACAGGAGACUAUAUAGGGACUUUUAGAGAGAGCAUGCAUCCCAAAUUGCACCAUAUUCCCUAUAUAUAGUGCACUACUUUUGACCAGGGCCAAUCGUGCUUUGGUUAAAAGUAGAGAAUAGUGUGCCAUUUGGGAUGGAGACAUACUGUACUGCCAGUGGUCAUGGUACCACCAUGUUCAUAUCAUGUAUUAUAGCCUAAUUAUUGUUUAUUACACAUAUAUAAAGAGUAAUCCCACACAGUUUCCAGUUUGAUCUAAUGAAAUGUUUAAUUAUGAUUCCGUCGUAUUUACAUUUUUCCAUUGAGUGAUGUUCAUCAUAGUCUAUGAUGGUGUUUUUGUUGAUAUGUUUUGUCCAAGUUGGUAGCGUCUGCUUCAAUAUAUUCUUUUGAGACUUCUGUGCGUAUCAAAGACAUUCUAGAUGUGUGAAAUGUUCUGACUUGUUGGAAGGAUGGGAUUUGUGCCAUAGGGAUGGUUUAUUUUUCCAGGGACUUGUAGAUACCGGGGAAUCUCAGCUCCUAGGGUAAUGACGGUUGAGGAGUAUUGGUGUAGAACUGCUCAGAACUGAGAUCUGUCUAUUCUUUGGGAUAAUAGCACCAUCUUGUGGACAUAUUGAAUAUCAAAUUAAAACAUGUACAUUAUCUGGUCAGACUGAGUGCAUAUUGGUGAUUGCUGUGUAAUGAUUGUUCUAUAUGCUUUGAGUGCAAUCUGAACCCGAAAUCAAGUGUAAUGUUUUUGUUUUGCCAUCCAGGGCCUGAAUGCAAUCUACAAAUGAAAUCAUAAAAGUGACUACUGACACUUACUGUGACUGUUUUGUAUCAUGAACUGAAUAAACAGUUGACAUUU